AGCUGGGGGUCCCAGUCCUCUGUGGGACAUGGCCCUCUUUCAUCACCAGCUUCCAGCCUACCCUGCAUCUCUUCCCUCUGAAUUGCAGGAACCCUCCCAGCCUCCAUGCCGCCUUUCCUGAUCACCCUCUUCCUCUUUCACUCUUGCUUCCUCCGAGCGAAUGGCCACCUCCGUGAAGGAAUGACAUUGCUGAAGACUGAGUUUGCACUUCGCCUCUACCAGAGUGUGGCCGCGUGUAGAAAUGAGACGAACUUUGUCAUCUCUCCUGCUGGUGUGUCCCUCCCCCUGGAGAUCCUGCAGUUUGGAGCAGAAGGGAGCACUGGCCAGCAGCUGGCAGAUGCCCUGGGGUACACUGUCCAUGACAAAAGGGUGAAAGAUUUCUUGCAUGCUGUUUAUGCCACACUACCCACCUCCAGCCAAGGUGCCGAGAUGGAGCUGGCCUGCAGCCUUUUUGUGCAAGUGGGAACGCCACUGUCCCCCUGCUUUGUGGAGCACGUCUCCUGGUGGGCUAACAGCAGCCUGGAACCAGCCGACCUCGGUGAGCCCAAUAGCACCGCCAUCCAGACUAGCGAAGGGGCCUCCAGAGAGACUGCAGGUGGGGGCCCCAGUGAGGGCCCUGGUGGCUGGCCGUGGGAGCAAGUCAGUGCAGCAUUUGCUCAGCUUGUGCUUGUGAGCACCAUGUCCUUCCAAGGCACUUGGCGGAAGAGAUUCUCCUCCACAGACACACAGAUCCUGCCUUUCACCUGUGCCUAUGGCCGCGUCCUUCAGGUCCCCAUGAUGCACCAAACGACCGAGGUCAACUACGGUCAGUUCCAGGACACUGCAGGCCAUCAGGUGGGGGUGCUGGAGCUUCCUUACCUGGGAAGUGCAGUGAGUCUGUUCCUGGUGCUGCCCCGUGACAAAGACACCCCCCUGAGCCACAUCGAGCCACACCUCACAGCCAGCACCAUCCACCUCUGGACCACCAGCCUGAGGAGAGCCAGGAUGGAUGUGUUCCUGCCCAGGUUUAGGAUCCAAAAUCAAUUCAACUUAAAAAGCAUUUUAAAUUCUUGGGGAGUCACCGAUCUUUUUGAUCCACUCAAAGCUAACUUGAAAGGAAUUUCAGGCCAAGAUGGCUUUUAUGUUUCUGAAGCAAUCCACAAGGCCAAGAUUGAAGUUUUGGAGGAAGGCACCAAGGCAUCUGGAGUCACAGCUCUGUUGUUAUUGAAAAGGUCUCGGAUUCCUAUUUUUAAAGCAGAUCGGCCAUUCAUCUAUUUCCUGAGAGAACCUAACACAGGUAUUACAGUAUUUUUUGACAGGAUUCAGAUAAUUUAUCAGUGUCUCUCUAGCGACAAGGGCUCAUUUGUCCACUAUCCCCUCAAAAAUAAGCAUUCUUUCUAGCUGUUUUUAUGGUGCUUCAGAAGCUUCCCAGUUGCUGUCUUGUAUCCUAAGAAAGGGGACUAUUUCAUAAGUACAAAGGAAACUUAUCCUCCAUGUUUUUUACCUU